CAGGGCGGGCGCCAUGGCGGGCGCGGGGGCGGCGCGCGGCAGCCUGGAGCUGGCCGGGGCCGCGGGGCCGCCGGGCCGGGCGGAGCAGCCGCCGAGAGCCGCCGCGAUGUCCUCCGUCGCCUCCUACGAGAGCCUGGUGCACGCCGUGUCCGGCGCCGUGGGCAGUAUGACUGCAAUGACUGUAUUUUUUCCUUUGGAUACAGCUAGGCUUAGACUUCAGGUUGAUGAGAAGCGGAAGUCAAAGACAACACCGGCAGUCCUUUUGGAAAUAAUCAAAGAAGAAGGCCUGUUGGCACCAUAUCGAGGAUGGUUCCCUGUUAUCUCCAGCCUUUGCUGCUCCAAUUUUGUUUAUUUUUAUACAUUUAAUAGUCUUAAAGCCCUCUGGGUCAAAGGCCAGCAUUCAACCACUGGAAAAGACUUGGUUCUUGGGGUUGUUGCAGGAGUAGUGAAUGUACUCUUGACCACCCCUCUCUGGGUGGUGAACACACGCCUGAAGCUGCAAGGUGCAAAAUUCAGAAAUGAAGACAUUGUACCAACCAAUUACAGAGGCAUAAUAGAUGCCUUUCAUCAGAUAGUACGAGAUGAAGGAGUCUUAGCUCUGUGGAAUGGUACUUUCCCCUCCUUGCUGCUGGUCUUCAAUCCCGCCAUACAGUUUAUGUUUUAUGAAGGCUUUAAACGAAAGCUUCUGAAAAAGCGGGUGCAACUCACAUCUUUGGAUGCUUUUGUCAUUGGUGCAAUAGCCAAAGCAGUUGCCACCACCCUCACUUAUCCUCUGCAGACAGUACAGUCAAUUCUGCGGUUUGGACGUCACAGGUUGAACCCAGAGAACCGAACACUAGGCAGUCUUAGAAAUGUUCUUUACCUUCUUCAACAGAGAGUGAGGCGCUUUGGAUUAAUGGGACUCUAUAAAGGCCUUGAAGCAAAGCUUCUGCAAACAGUCCUUACUGCUGCUCUUAUGUUUCUGGUGUAUGAGAAACUGACUGCUGCAACCUUCACAGUCAUGGGAUUAAAGCACUCGCGCAGACAUUGAAAAGGAACCUAUGCCAAAGAUACUGGGUCUAGAAAUCACAUUCCAUUCUUGAGACCUGGCUGGGUAACAAAGGGUCCUCACUUUCUCUGCUUCUCUUUUUAGCCACCUUUAUCUCCAGUAUUUGGAGAAAUCUGGAAUAUGCUCUAUAGGACCUGUUGCCACGAAUUCAGGGAGAGCCCGUUCUCUAUUGUUCUGUGUACUCACUGUGUUAAGAAAAAAAACAGAGACCUUAUUUAAGCACUUGACAGGAACUUUAAACUAUUAUGUGAUUUGGUUAUUUGGUUGCUAUUUUUGGCAAGAAUGAUUAUCUCUCACUUCGCUUUCUUCUUUGCCCUCAAAUUGUCCUCAGCUCUUCUUGCAUCUUUACCUUCUGUCAGCAGCUGGUGGGGCUGGUUUUGUGUUAUUUUCCUUGACCUGUCAUCUGUGACCUGACCUGUGACCUUGUCACUUCAUAUUUGAUUCAUUAAAAUAAUUCAUAAAGAAUAACAUUUUUGGCAUGGUUUUCCUUUACCUUCAAGUAUGUUUGUGGCACAGGAUCUGAUGUUGCCCCAAAUACCUGAUGGUGAGGUCUCUGGACUCCUGGAAUGGAUAUUACAAGUGAGUGUGCAAUUUGGCUUCUUGAAUCCAGCUAUUUUGAAUCUUGAAAAUUUUGAAUACAAAUACUGCCUAGACAGGAGGAAGAUAACCUCUUGCUUUUCCAACCCGAGUCCCUCAAGAUGCCUCAAAUGGGCUUGCUACAGAAAUACGUGAAGUUUUGUGACCCUGUUCCUUGUGAGAAUAUGUGAAUUCACACCAUGUUCUUAUGCAGACAGGGGGCACUGCCCUAUGCUUCAGAAGUGCUAUGCCUGCUCAAAAAUGUGCUUUGUUUAUUUUUCCACUGAUAUUCCUAGACCAUAAAAGUCAUAACUGUUGUUCCAGUUAGUGUACAUACUUAUGUUAUUUUAUGUAAUUUUGAUCAAUAUUCCUAGACCCUAAAAUCCAAAUUAAGUUAUGCUCUGUCUGUUGUUAAAUUGGCAGUAGGAUUGUUCUGAAGAACAGUUUUCUACUUGAAGUAUUGAAAAAUUUCAUGGCAGUUUUAAUACCAAGGAUGUCUGGGAGGAGAAGACUUGAAUGCUGCAGGAAGUAUGUUACUGAAUUGCAAUAUGGCACCUGUUUUUAAAUUAACUCACCUGAACUGAGUUAAUUUUAAGAAUGGAAUUGUUAAAUAAUUCUGCAGAUAAUGUCUUUUGAGCAAGAAUAAGCACCUUUACACCAAUUGUUUCUUUUAAUAGAGAAUACAGAGAGUGUCUAUACAAGAAGAAUGUAUAAUCCAAUGAAUUAAAUUUAGUUAAUUAAAUAUUUAAAUAAAUAAAUGCUGGUUGGCUUUCAGUUCAAGUAGGAUUUACAUAGACAAGUAAGAAUAAAAAAGUGCAAUGAGCAGUAAUUACACUUUGUUAAAAGAUGAAAUUGAAAGACUGGAGACCUCGCCACUGGAAAAAGAAUGAAUCACAUUUCUGAAAAUUUCAGUGAAAAUGAAAUUUCUACUGUAAUGAAGUGCCAUGUGGAAAGGUCGUCUGCUGUCUUUUGAGCCUUUUUAAUAAGAAAUUUGGAAUUGGUAGUAUGGCUCUUGAUAAACUACCUCAAAAUCCCUGCUGUCAGAAUCAUUGUGGGGAAGCAAAGUGGUUCUUGUGCCAGGCUGGCUGAAAUCUGUGUGGCUGCCAGGAGCUGGAGUUCAGCACCUCGGACCUUUCUAGUCUGUGGCAUGAAGGAGCAAUUCCUGCAGAAAUGUUUUUCUGGUUGCUCUACCUAUAAGAAGAAAAUAAAUUCUUGCUAGCAUUUACUAGCAAAAAAAUGCUUGUCUACUUGCCAGUGUGGAUUCAAAUGGUUAAUGUAUUUCCAUUUUGCAAAAAAGCUGAAUACAGAAGCCCUGUGUAAAGGUGUGUUGGCCUUGGCUGUGUUGGCGUUACCAUAAAGCCUGGAACAGACAUUUUGCCCUAAACUCUCUACUCGGCUCUGCUGAGCAAUUGUAAUGAAACAGUUUCAUAAAGGAAUGAGAGCAAAAGCUACUGAAGCUGGGAGCAUCUCCAGUCUUCUUUUAAUGAUAGACGUGUGGGUAUUUAAAGCUUUUCUUGCUUCUGCAUUCUCUGGUAUUGAUUUAGACAUUAAGCUGAAAUAACUGAGAAACUACAUAACCUUGCAUGACUGAGCCAAAAAGCAGGUGGUUGAGGAAUUGUUUAGUCAUUUAUUCAAAUGGCAGGCAGAUGUUCAUGUUGCAGCUGGUACCUCUACCUGAGUUUUCUCAGAUGUAAUUUGAACAGAUGAUGACAUGUCUGUUAGACAGCCUAAAACUAUUUUGGGCUUCAGAGGUGUUGGUGAGUAUUUUUGACGUUAGAAAGUCCAUAAUUUGUCAAAGCAAACUAUGAAAGACUAUUUUUAAUCUUGGUACUGGAGUUGUAAUUAAUUGUUGGUGGAUAAAUACUGUUCAGAAAUGGAAACGAAAUAAAAUAAUUUUACUGUGUUUUAAAAUA